CCUAAGAGGCCCGAAAAAUCUCUCCCGCCAUGAACACCCUCUCCAUCCUCUCACCUCAACACCCUUCCACACUCUCCAUUAUCACCUCAUCUCUUUACAAAACCUCUAUUUUUUCCCAAACCCUCGCUAUUUCCCAGACCCUAGGGUUUUGUUCUCCCAAAUCACUUCGCACACCAGCUUCACAACAUUCACCACAAUUCCGAGCCUCAUUCAAGUCCCCGAGUUCACUCUACCCCGUAGAGCCCCAACUCUCCGACGGCGAAGAGGACGACGAUGACGAUGACGACGUGGCUGCCGAUGAAUACGACGACAUCUCCGGCGACCCGUCGGGAGGAGUUGAACAGAGCGACGACGAAACCGAAAUUUCUAUCGCCGCAGCAGAAGAGGCGCCGAUUCGGCAGGAGGAGUUCAAGUGGCAGAGAGCGGAAAGGCUUUGCAACGAAGUCAGAGAGUUCGGCGAAGAUAUUAUCGACGCCGAUGAGCUGGCUUCGAUCUACGAUUUCCGCAUCGAUAAAUUCCAGCGUUUGGCUAUACAAGCAUUCUUGAGAGGCUCAUCGGUUGUGGUUUCGGCCCCGACGAGCAGCGGGAAGACUUUGAUUGCCGAAGCCGCAGCGGUGGCCACAGUAGCCAGGCGAAGGCGAAUCUUCUACACGACUCCACUCAAGGCAUUAUCCAAUCAAAAGUUUCGCGAAUUUCGUGAGACAUUUGGAGACAGUAAUGUUGGCCUUCUUACGGGAGAUUCAGCAGUGAAUAAAGAUGCUCAGGUUUUGAUUAUGACUACGGAGAUUUUGCGCAAUAUGUUAUAUCAGAGUGUUGGAAUGGUUUCUUCUGAUGGUGGACUUUUCCAUGUUGAUGUGAUUGUUUUGGAUGAAGUUCAUUAUCUAAGUGACUUAUCUCGGGGUACAGUGUGGGAAGAGAUAGUUAUUUAUUGCCCAAAAGAAGUUCAACUUAUAUGCCUGUCAGCAACCGUUGCAAAUCCUGACGAGCUUGCUGGUUGGAUUGGUCAGAUUCAUGGUAGAACUGAGUUGGUAACAUCAUCAAAGCGUCCGGUUCCAUUGACUUGGCAUUUCUCUAUGAAGACAACUUUAUUACCUCUUCUUGAUGAAAAAGGAACGCGGAUGAAUAGGAAGCUGUCACUCAAUUAUCUACAACUUUAUGCUUCAGGAGUUAAAUCUUCCAAGGAUGGUGGGUCUAGAAGAAGAAAUUCAAAAAAACAUGGAAGUGACAUGAGCUAUGACAGUAUUGAUAGCAUGUCUGAACCUCUUUCAAAGAAUGAUAUAAACACUAUUCGACGUUCACAAGUUCCUCAAGUUAGUGACACAUUAUGGCACCUUAAGGCAAGGGACAUGCUGCCAGCAAUUUGGUUUAUUUUUAGCAGGAAAGGAUGCGAUGCAGCUGUUCAGUACGUUGAAGAUAGCAAGCUCUUGGAUGAAUGUGAGAUGAGUGAGGUCAAACUAGCAUUGAAGAGGUUCCGUAUUAGGUAUCCUGAUGCUGUCAGGGAGACUGCUGUAAAAGGACUGCUGCAAGGGGUUGCUGCACAUCAUGCAGGCUGUCUGCCAUUAUGGAAAUCAUUCAUAGAAGAUCUGUUUCAGCGAGGUCUUGUCAAAGUUGUGUUCGCUACAGAAACACUUGCUGCUGGAAUGAACAUGCCUGCUAGGACAGCUGUGAUUUCAUCCCUCAGCAAGAGGAGUGAUAGUGGGCGAAUCCAAUUAAGCCCAAAUGAACUGCUUCAAAUGGCUGGGCGUGCUGGACGUAGAGGCAUUGAUGAAAGGGGUCAUGUAGUGCUUAUUCAGACUCCUUACGAAGGUGCUGAAGAGUGCUGCAAGCUUCUAUUUGCUGGACUCGAACCUCUUGUUUCACAGUUUACUGCUUCAUAUGGUAUGGUGCUGAAUCUUCUUGCAGGUGCAAAAGUUACUAGCGCAUCUAAUGAAUCAAAUGACAUGAAAGCCAUACAAGCAGGACGGACUUUGGAAGAAGCUAGGAAGUUAGUUGAGCGAAGUUUUGGCAACUACGUUGGCAGCAAUGUUAUGCUUGCUGCAAAAGAUGAGCUUACUAGAAUAGAGAAAGAGAUUGAGAUGCUGACUUUAGAAGUUAGUGAUGAUGCCAUAGAUAUAAAGAGCAGGAAGCUUUUAUCAGAGGUAGCAUACAAGGAGAUUGCAGAUCUACAGGAAGAAUUGAGGGCAGAAAAACGUCUUCGGACAGAACUGCGAAGAAGGAUGGAAUCGCAGAGAAUUUCUGCUCUGAAACCGCUUUUAAAGGAGUUUGAAAAUGGACACUUACCCUUUUUGUGCCUGCAAUAUAAAGAUUCUGAAGGGGUUCAACACUCACUCCCUGCUGCUUAUUUGGGACAGGUUGACUCAGUCAGUGGUUCAAACCUUAAGAACAUGAUUUCUGCUGAUGAUUCUUUUGCAUUGAAUGUAGUUAGAACAGAGUCAAGUGUUAAUGACCCUGAAAUGAGCCCAGAUGUUGAACCAUCGUAUUAUGUGGCCCUUGGUUCGGACAACAUGUGGUAUCUAUUUACAGAAAAGUGGGUUAAAACAAUAUAUAGGACGGGCUUUCCUAAUGUUGCUCUAGCUCAAGGGGAUGCUUUGCCUCGGGAAAUUAUGAGGAUGCUUCUUGAUAAGGAGGAAAUGAAGUGGGAGAAGCUUACUUAUUCUGAACUUGGUUGUUUAUGGCGCAUGGAGGGAUCUCUAGAGACAUGGUCUUGGAGUUUAAAUGUGCCAGUUUUGAAUAGUCUUUCUGAAAGUGAUGAGCUGUUUCAAAUGUCAGAACCAUACCAUGAUGCGGUAGAACGUUACAAGGAACAAAGAAAUAAAGUUGCACGUUUGAAGAAAAAGAUAGCACGUACAGAAGGCUUUAAAGAGUAUAAAAAAAUCAUAGACAUGGCCAAGUUUACUGAGGAAAAGAUUAAACGCUUGAAGGUUAGAUCAAAACGUUUGACCAAUCGAGUAGAACAGAUUGAACCAUCUGGUUGGAAGGAGUUUUUGAAGAUCAGCAAUGUCAUUCAUGAACUUAGGGCAUUGGAUAUCAAUACACAUGUAAUAUUUCCUUUAGGUGAAACUGCAUCUGCAAUCCGAGGAGAAAAUGAACUUUGGCUUGCAAUGGUUCUCCGAAAUAAAAUCCUGCUAGACCUAAAGCCUGCACAACUUGCUGCUGCCUGUGCAAGUUUAGUUUCUGAAGGAAUCAAAGUUCGUCCUUGGAAAAACAACAGCUAUAUAUAUGAACCUUCCUCAACUGUACUCAAUGUCAUCGAGUUCUUGGAUGAGCAAAGAUCCUCCCUUUUGCAACUGCAAGAAAAACAUGGGGUAAAUAUCCCCUGCUGUUUGGAUAGCCAAUUUUCAGGUAUGGUUGAAGCCUGGGCAUCUGGGCUGACUUGGAGGGAAAUAAUGAUGGACUGUGCAAUGGAUGAAGGAGAUCUAGCGCGUCUCUUACGACGGACUAUUGAUCUAUUAGCUCAGAUUCCUAAAUUGCCUGAUAUUGAUCCACUGCUGCAAAUCAAUGCAAAGACAGUAUCUAAUGUCAUGGACCGUCCACCGAUCAGUGAACUGGCUGGAUAAUGUUCUCUUGCCACUAAAAAGUCGCAUGCUUCCUAAUUGUACAUUGGUGGGGAGUGGGGAGUGGGGAGUGGUGUAUGGAAGCUGUUCCCCAGCAGAAAAUGCGAAAGCUUUCUGCUUUUGCCAUCCAUUGGUCUCCUGAAUGGGAACAUUUCCAAGAGUAAGUCGACCUUCUUAUGAUGAUAUAGUUGUUAGUAUCGAGUGCUGAGCUUUCCUACCUUUGUGCUGCGUGAAUCUCUUGGCCCCACGAAUGGAGCUUCUGGAGAAAUAGGUCUGUCUCCUUUUUUGAUAGCGAAGAAGAAAAAUGAUGGUCUGCUAGAAUCAUUUUAGGCAUCACAAAUUGGUUGAGAGAGCUGCAUGGGAUACCUUUCCUGAAUAAUCAUCUUGACUCUUGGAUUUCUGUUUUGCGAUCUUUUGCCCUCUAUUGAGCUCACUACCAUUUUGCAUUGGUUGUUAGAUAGUCAAUGUACUGGGUCAACCGCUCUCUCUCUAGAUUCUAGAGAGAAGAAGCCCUCUCCUCUCCUUCCGUGAGACUACCUAAGUGAGAGGCUGAGAGCUCCCUCUUAGUUUCUCUCUUUUGUCGUCAAUGGGCCCAUUGCCUCUGCCCACAACCCCCACCGCCAGUCUCCCCAACACCCUGCGCAAUUGAAGCUCUGAGCCUUGGUUCCCCCCUCCCCCCGAAGACCAGCACCCUUUCCUAAUCCCUCAAGCACCCCCCUUCACACCCACCAAGUCGGCAAGUCCCCACUUCUCCCCAUUGGGCCAUGCAGCAAUCUCAGAGGCCCACACAUUUUGUCUCCUUUCUCCUCCACUCGGCCCACUCCCCAACCAAUGCCCCACUUUAGCCUAUGGAGACUGCACGAUUCGAUGUCCACAGCGCAUCAACCACCAGCUGCCACCCUCAUCGGACAUUGCUGUAGUCUCUUCUUCCAGCUACGCCAGCCGAACCAACAACAAUACUCCCCUUAGUGGUUUUUUUUUUUUUUUUUCAAGUCCUUGGUAACUACCGUCAGGAUCUGCCCGUCAUAACUCAAUUGUAGAGCAUGUUCUCCAGAGGAACAUGUUCAUCUUCCAAGCUUUUCGUUAUAAUUUCGUUUAAUUUUAUAUAAUGAAAUUUCAUCUUCUCCAAAGGGGAAAAAAAAUAAAAAAUAAAUAGCUGAUUUACCGUGUU